AUGGCUCACACAGAAAAAUUCAUAUCUGACAUUACUAUUGAACGGACGCAGAAGGCAUUGGAUGAUGCCACCUCGAGUUUAAACUCGACCUUCGCUAGAAAGCUCGACAAGUGGGAUCAGGCAGAGGACUGCGUCGUCCAGACUGCUCAAGAAGUUGGAUCGGUGUACGAUUUCUGUACUCAGAAUGCAACCAUCAACUCUGCAUCUGAUGCGAUGGUUGCGGACAUAUCAAAGAAGAAUAUGGGCGACUUUCUUGGAGAGGCGAAGAAGGUGAUGGAGGCCCUGGAUGUUCUGCAACAGGUUCACCCGUUUGUCGGUGUGGCUAUACUCGCUUUCAAGGCCAUCGUGAAUCUUGAGCUAACAAGAAGAGAAAACGAUCGUAGAGUUGGACUGAUGUUAUCUCAAGCAUCUGACAUGAUGACCAUGCUCCUCCAACUUAAGGACACCAGAGAUCCUGCCAUCGUGGGACCUCACGGCAACAUUCGGGGGCGAUUGGAUCGUGUCCUGGAUGGUAUCAAGCAAGAUAUCCAAGAUUGCGGAAACGCCAUUGACAAAUACUACAAGUCAAAGUUCAUGGUGAAAUUAUUCAGAUCCUCCCAUUGGGCGAGCGAAUUCCUGAGAGUUUGCACCAGCUUUUCCCAGCGUACGCAGGACCUCCAGCUCGCCUUAAAUAUCAGAACAACGUUGAGGGUUGAUAUUGCCAUUGAUAAACUAGACAAGCUGAUCCGGACGCAAACCGAUCGCGAAGCAAGAUUCGAGAAAGAAGUGCAGAUGCGCGGUGGAAGAGAGAAAUGUUUGGAAAGCGAAGACAAAAUGGCGGAGCUACUGAAAAUCGCCGAGCAACAGGAAGGGCGUCCACAGAACAAAGCACGCGCCGAUGUUCCUACCAAAGAUGUCAACAAGCCUACUUCAAAGACCGCUUCUGCGAACGGAUCGGUCGGCAAGCAGUCCCACCUUGAUGCAUCACUGCUUCAUGAACUGCAUACUCCGUUGCGCAACCUACUCGAUGAGAAUCGCGCGCUCUUCAUGUUCAAGCUUGAUGCACAGACAUCCGACAUCAAAGAUGCCAUCAAAGAUUCCGAAACGCGCAUUAUGUGGGCCUUUAACAGCAGAUUUCGACGGGUCAAGGAUCCACACCUCCGAUAUAUCUGGAAAGAGAUGAAAUGGACAACAAGCGUCAAGACAUUGUACUUCAUUGCGGAACUCCAUGAUUAUUACGUGAACCGUUUCUCCCGCCUCCGUCACGAUGCUCCACUCCCAGAAGCACCAUCGGAUAUUUCGUCAUUGGUACUGCGAGUCCCGUCUCCAACUCCCUCUGUCUCUGUCAUGUCCGAUUCAGAAGGAGAAGACCGCGAGUUUGCAGCAGCCGAUCCUUCGUACCAAAAACUUCCUAAUGUCGACCCUGCAGACAAAUGGUGCUUGAAAUAUCUGUCCGUCUUCUACAUUCCAGGUUUAUCCGAAGGCUUCGACGGCGAUGCGAAUGGCUUGGUCAGUAUAAGGGAAGUGAAUGCUUUUACAUCUGCAAUGCCUUUGGGCUGGACUCUGCCGCAAGCACUUGCAUACUGGGCUGCAGGCUGGAGGGUGGAUAGCCAAUACUAUCAUGCACGAAUUGAACAGGUCUUGAACAGCAUGGUUUAUGCACAAGCAGAUGUACUUCCAGAAAACAGGGGGUGUAUUGUCACAUACUUGAACUCAUAUGUCAUCGAUGAUAUCAAAAGGCUCGUCCGUUCUAUUGCAGAGCUUGGAUCGGAGGAUUCGGACUUGGAUCUCGCGCAAUUGACUGCUCGGCGUCGCGAGGCUCAAGAGGCGACAUUGAUGGACAAGCUCAACAUCGUCAAGUAUGAAAUCGACUCCAGAGAUUCCAUCAAACUUUUCGGAUCUGGUCGCAUCGAGAAUUUCUUGCUGCCUUUGCUUUACCUCGUAAUCAGGAGGCAUUUACAGAUCAUGAAACUUGCUACCACAGUGAUUCUAGUCGAGAGAGAGCUUGAAUCUGCAACUCAAACGAUAGAAAAUAUCUUGGAUGGGGUAUCUCUGCGCGUGGACCAACUGGCAGAAUCGUUUCGUCAGCAGGGUAAUGAUCCAAAAGCAAGAUUCACAUGGUAUGCGCAUGGCUUGUACAACUUUUGGUACAGUCCAGAAUUGGCCACAGAUGACGCCGAAUACUGGGGAAACCAUAACUUUGGACUUGAUGACAACAAGCUGGAGAUCGAGAUCGAUUCAUCAGCAUUGAAGCUGGGUCCUUUCAAUCUGGCAGAGGACAGUGAAGGGAUAGGAAGGCCUGUCAAGCUCGUCGCAUUCAGUCCUGUUCAGCAGCCUGAAGGCACCAUGCAUGAAUACAUCCGUUUGCGGUGCAUGAAUGUCCUGUCGAACAUGAUCAAUAUGUGGGACUGCCCUCACGGUGUCCCGCCUUACAUAUCGUUGACAGACAAAGAGAGGUUCGAUGUCUUGUCCCAGGAGCAACCACCUACAGACGUCGAGCGCUGGGAUUCAUUUGCUGAGCUUCAGAUACGUAGACGAAUAUUCGACUGUCAGUGCGAUGCAUGCGAUUACCUUAUCGGCGAUGUCCUUCACCUUUGUAUAGACUGCGAGUGCGAUGACUAUGAUUUGUGUGCGGAUUGCGAAUCUCAGCCGGUCUCAGAUCAUAAAUAUCCAUCCGACCACAAGUCAACUCACAACAUGCUUGUCUUCCGCAUGUCGGUACCUGAUGGUCGCUACAGCAGAAUCCGAUGGCGUGCCAGGAAUUCCUUAUCCACUUACGUGCCCGCUCCAGCACCACUAGAAGCACCAUUGACUGUGCGAGAAGACGAAUCUCAAACGCAAUCAGAUGAGCCUGAACUUGCGCAUCCGACAGAAGCCACUCAAGCAAAUGAUUUUCCCACCUGUGUCGAUUUGCGGGAAGGUGAUGAAAAGCUCAAUGGGAACACAGGAGUAGCAUUCGAGAGGAUACCUGGAACCUCAGCCACGAACGAGGAUGCCUAUUCUUGUGCUGAAUGCGGCGUUAAGAUGAACGGCAUUUUUUAUGUAUGCAUUACCUGCGCAGAACGCAAAUCCCCCAUUGCCCUAUGCAGUGAUUGUACAUUUCACGAUGUGUUCAACGUGGUCACGAAUCACCACCCUUACAAACACUGGCUGAUCAAGAUUAAAGACCGGGUUCAAGAUACAGGCAUCGGAGUAUCAGACGAACCUUUGGCUAACGUCAACGAGACUACUUCGUUUUCCUUACGAGACGAUAAGUUGGCUGCGAUGGUGGAAUCUCGCUUCGUAGAACAGGAUCUCCGACUUAGUGCACUUGUGACACAGGUUGAACAGCUCGUGCAUAGCAUAGCUGCGUUGACGGGAAAAUUUCCCUCUGAGUCCGUCACUGUUUGA